AUGACCUGUUUAUCUUGGGUGGCCCCGCAUGGCGUGGCUCAUAACUUCAUUGAACUACGCAAGCCCCUUUACCGCAACAAGACUGUGAUCCAUGAGACACAGCUCCAGAAAGAAUUAAGUGAGGAACAAGGCUCAGCUGUGGAUUCAAAAGAAAAAUGCUACUACUUCAGGAAUCAACAAACAAGCCCUCCAGGCAUGCAGGAGUACCUGAACCCAAGUCCAGGUUCCUCUGAGUUUUAUGACAACGACAAAUCUGAUCACCACAUUGAUGUCUUGAGCCAAAUGUUUAUGAGAAUAUUAAAUGACAGCGUUUGGAAGUUCUGUGGAGCACCACCAGUUGUAGUAGUUCUCAAAAUUCAACAGCUCCAAGAGCCUGAGAAUUCAAACGUGGCCUGGUUGGAGGCUGUUGGCCUAAGGAAACUGCAGGCAGGGGCUGGGAGAGGAACUCCGCUUGCCGAGUUACGGAGCAGUAACUUCGAGGAAAUUCAGCGUCAUCCUUUAUACCAGAAAGCUGGCGGGCGCUAUGGGGAAAAACAAAAGAAGAAGAAAGUGGAGGAGAUGCUAGAAGAAGAGGAGGACGAGUACGUGGUGGAGAAAGUCCUAGACCGCCGAGUGGUGAAGGGCAGAGUGGAGCACCUGCUGAAGUGGAAGGCGUCCUCAGAUGAGGAUAACACAUGGGAACCAGAAGAGAACCUGGAUUGCCCUGACCUCAUCGCUGAGUUUCUGCAGUCACAGAAAACAGCACACGAGACAGAUAAAUCAGAGGGAGGCAAGCGCGAAGCUGAUUCUGAUUCGGAAGAUAAGGGGGAGGAGAGCAAACCAAAGAAGAAGAAAGAAGAGUCAGAAAAGCCACGAGGCUUUGCCCGGAGUUUGGAACCAGAGCGGAUUAUUCGAGCUAGGGACUCCAGUGGAGAACUCAUGUUCCUGAUGAAAUGGAAGAACUCUAAUGAGGCUGACCUGCUUCCUGCCAAGGAAGCCAAUGUCAAAUGCCCGCAGGUUGUCAUAUCCUUCUAUGAGGAAAGGCUGACGUGGCAUUCUUACCCCUCAAAGGAUGAUGACAAAAAAGAUGAUAAGAAUUCACUUUCUUGAAUACCAGCCCCUGUCACAUCUGACUGUGGGUUUCAGGUAGGGAAAGGAGGAGUUCUACUCGUCUUGACACCAUAAAGGUGGCUUGAGAAGAUGUCCUUUGGAGAGCCAGUAUAGUUUCUCUGCCCUGCAGCAGCCCAAGUGCUUUAAAGCCGUUCCAUGCUGUAUAGUUUGCAC